UAAAAAUAUGACAGCGUAAAUAUAAAAUUAAAGACCACUAGAAAAAAGGACAUUUGUGGGAAUGACCCAAAUCAAAGAAGCAGACUGCCGUAACAGUUAUAUUUUUCCAGAGCGCCCACAAUAAGGUUUUUGAAUUUUCAGAUAUGGAUUUAGAUUCAUCCGAUCAGGAUCCAAACAGCGGUCCAACAUUGGACACGUCAUCAUCAUCCGAAUCAACAACUCCACCUCAGCAGCAGCAGCAGCAGCCACCACAGAGUAGUAGUAGUAGUACGACUACUACUACUCCGGCGGCGGCUGCUGGUGGUGGAGGGCCGAGGUGUGCACCGACGUAUACGGUGGUGCAGUGUGUUAUGGAGAAGAAAGAAGAUGGGCCAGGACCGAGGUGUGGGCACACGUUGACGGCGGUGCCUGCUGUUGGUGAGGAAGGUAGUGUGGGUUAUAUUGGUCCUAGGUUGAUUUUAUUUGGUGGUGCUACUGCACUUGAAGGGAAUUCUGCUGCUUCUGCUGCUGCUGCUCCGUCAUCGCCUGGAAGUGCUGGAAUUCGCUUAGCAGGGGCUACUGCUGAUGUGCACUCUUAUGAUGUUUUGACAAAUAAAUGGUCGAGGAUAACUCCAAUUGGAGAGCCACCGACGCCGAGGGCUGCUCAUGUUGCUACAGCUGUUGGAACUAUGGUUGUCAUUCAGGGUGGAAUUGGUCCAGCCGGUUUGUCAGCUGAGGAUCUUCAUGUUCUGGACCUUACACAACAACAACGACCACGAUGGCACAGGGUUGUGGUUCAAGGACCUGGUCCAGGACCUCGUUAUGGACAUGUCAUGGCUUUGGUAGGGCAAAGAUAUCUCAUGGCAAUUGGUGGAAAUGACGGAAAACGACCUCUAGCAGAUGUUUGGGCUUUGGACACUGCUGCAAAGCCAUAUGAAUGGCGAAAAUUGGAACCAGAGGGUGAAGGUCCUCCUCCUUGCAUGUACGCAACUGCAAGUGCACGCUCUGAUGGUCUUCUUCUGCUUUGUGGAGGGAGGGAUGCCAAUAGUGUGCCACUAGCAAGUGCAUAUGGACUGGCUAAACAUAGAGAUGGGCGUUGGGAGUGGGCCAUUGCUCCUGGUGUGUCACCAUCUCCAAGAUAUCAGCAUGCCGCAGUUUUUGUUAAUGCUCGGCUCCAUGUUUCUGGAGGGGCUCUUGGUGGUGGACGCAUGGUAGAGGACUCUUCCAGUAUAGCCGUUCUUGAUACUGCUGCAGGAGUGUGGUGUGACACAAAAUCUGUUGUCACCAGUCCUAGGACAGGAAGAUAUAGUGCAGAUGCAGCUGGGGGAGAUGCUGCAGUUGAAUUGACCAGGCGUUGUAGGCAUGCAGCUGCUGCUGUUGGUGACUUGGUAUUUAUCUAUGGUGGUUUGCGUGGAGGGGUACUGCUAGAUGACUUGCUUGUCGCUGAAGACUUGGCUGCUGCUGAAACAACUAGUGCAGCUUCACAUGCAGCCGCUGCAGCUGCAGCAUCUAAUAUACAAGACGGGAGGAUAACCGGUAGGUAUGGAUUUGGUGAUGAAAGAACAAGGCAAACAGUUCCAGACGAAGUUAAUGAUGGUUCAGUUAUAUUGGGAAGUCCUGUUGCCCCCCCUGUAAAUGGUGAUAUGUUUACUGAUAUAAGCACUGAAAAUGCUGUGCUUCAAGGAAGUCGGAAACUUGGCAAAGGUGUUGAAUACCUAGUGGAGGCCUCUGCAGCAGAAGCAGAGGCCAUUACUGCUGCACUAGCAGCUGCCAAAGCACGACAACAAGGUAAUGGAGAAGUUGAACUUCCAGAUAGGGAUCGGGGAGCGGAGGCAACACCGAGUGGUGAAGAGCAAUCUACCUUGAUCAAGCCUGAUUCAAAUAUUUCUACCCCAACUGGAGUCAGGCUGCAUCACCGUGCUGUGGUCGUAGCUGCAGAGACUGGGGGUGCCCUAGGUGGCAUGGUGCGACAACUUUCAAUUGAUCAAUUUGAAAAUGAAGGCAGGCGGGUAAGUUAUGGAACCCCAGAAAAUGCGACAGCAGCAAGAAAACUUCUAGAUAGACAAAUGUCCGUCAACAGUGUUCCCAAAAAGGUGAUUGCCCAUCUUUUGAAACCUCGAGGUUGGAAGCCCCCUGUGAGACGGCAAUUUUUCUUGGAUUGCAAUGAGAUAGCUGAUCUUUGUGAUAGUGCAGAAAGAAUAUUUUCCAGUGAACCUAGUGUUUUACAGCUAAGAGCUCCUAUUAAGAUAUUUGGUGACUUGCACGGGCAAUUUGGGGAUCUCAUGCGUCUUUUUGACGAGUAUGGUUCUCCAUCAACUGCUGGGGACAUAGCGUAAGUUCCUUGACUCAAUCUUGGUUCGUGUUUCUUGU